UGUUUUUUAAGCGUCUCUGUCUCUUUAAAAGCCCCGUUCCCCCCGCGUGUUUACAUUUCGCGAGAUUUCCCCACUCCUCGCGAGACUUGGCGUGACGCGCGUUUCCCCCGCAGAGGAGCGCGUCGCUCGCUCGCUCGUGUUUGACGCUCGUCGGUCGGCUGGCGCGGAGCGACGAUGUGGAUCCAGAUCCGGACGAUCGACGGCAAAGAGACGCGGACGGUGGAGGAUCUGUCGCGCCUCACGAAGAUCGAGUGUCUGCGCGUGAAGAUCCGCGACAUCUUCCAGGUGAAGCCGGAGCAGCAGCGGCUCUUCUACCGCGGGAAGCAGAUGGAAGAUGGUCAGACGCUCUUCGAUUAUAACGUUGGUCUUAACGACAUCGUCCAGCUUCUCAUUCGCUCGCAGACGGACGCGCCAGACAGCCCCUCCCCCAACAGCGAUGAGGGCGUGGCCUGUGCCGUAGCCCCGCCCACCACAGCAUCUGCCCCCGCCUCGGCCACACCCACCACAACAGUCGUUUCCCCGGCAACCGUCGCCAACAGCAACGGAAACGGGUCCAAACCCUGCAGCCCGGCGCCGGAGAGCCAGCCGUCCACAUCCAGCCGGACGCUGCUCCUCGAUCCCGGGAUCGGACUCUUCAGAGUGAAUGAGUUAGUGGACUGCAGGGACGUCAGCAUCGGCGCCUGGUUCGAAGGCGUGAUUGAGAAGGUCUCUCCUGCAUCUAAAGGACAGAACGGCAGAGUCGGCCGACCCAGCAAACGCACUAACAACAAGCUGGAGUCUGAGCCUUCAUCCUCAUCAUCCUCAUCAUCCAGGGACACUCACUCGGACCAACCGUCCACGUCCCAAACGGAUCCGCCGCACGUCUCCUACCACAUUAAAUAUGAAGAGGUCAAGCGCACUAACAGUAGCUGUGUUGUUCAGGUGAAUGAGUUAGUGGACUGCAGGGACGUCAGCAUCGGCGCCUGGUUCGAAGGCGUGAUUGAGAAGGUCUCUCCUGCAUCUAAAGGACAGAACGGCAGAGUCGGCCGACCCAGCAAACGCACUAACAACAAGCUGGAGUCUGAGCCUUCAUCCUCAUCAUCCUCAUCAUCCAGGGACACUCACUCGGACCAACCGUCCACGUCCCAAACGGAUCCGCCGCACGUCUCCUACCACAUUAAAUAUGAAGAUUAUCCGGAGAACGGCGUGGUGGAGAUGAGCGCGGGUGACGUGCGUCCGAGGGCCAGGACUCUGCUGCGCUUCGACCAGCUGCAGGUGGGUGAGCUGGUGAUGGUGAACUAUAACCUGGAGAAUCCCGAGGAGCGAGGCUUCUGGUACGACGCCGAGAUCUCGACCCUCAACGCCGUCUCACGCACCAACAAAGAGAUCCGCGUCAAGAUUCUGCUGGGCGGUCCGGGUGAUGUGAUUGGUGACUGUAAACUGCAGUUUCUGGAUGAGAUUUACAGGAUAGAGAAACCUGGAGCACCGGCGCUGUCUGCAGCAGACGGCCCCUUCAAACGUAAGUCGGGUCCGGAGUGUAAGCACUGUAAAGCGGAUCCGGAUGCUGAGUGCCGUUUCUGCUCGUGUUGUGUGUGUGGAGGGAAGCAGGACGCUCACAUGCAGCUGCUGUGCGACGAGUGUAACAUGGCCUUCCACAUCUACUGCCUGACCCCGCCGCUGACCUCCAUCCCCGAGGACGAGGACUGUCGGAAUGAAAUGAAUAAAAGGCUCAAUAAACAUUUUUUGGUCUGUUAUUUCAUAUGUGUGUUCCAGGACCGGGGCGAUGAGUUCACCUACACCGGCAGCGGAGGUCGUGACCUCUCCGGAAACAAGCGUAUCGGCGAGCACUCGUUCGAUCAGACGCUCACACACAUGAACAGGGCUCUGGCGCUGAACUGUGACGCCCCUCUGAAUGACAAGGAUGGGGCGGAGUCUCGCAACUGGAGAGCGGGAAAACCGGUGAGAGUGAUUCGCAGCUCCAAGGGCCGACGGAUCAGCAAAUACGCACCGGAGGAGGGAAACCGCUACGAUGGCAUUUAUAAGGUGGUGAAGUACUGGCCUGAGAUCGGGAAGUGUGGGUUCCUGGUGUGGAGAUACCUGCUGCGACGUGACGACCUGGAGCCAGCGCCCUGGACUACAGAGGGGAUCGAGCGCAGCAAGAAACUCGGCCUCAAAGUCCAGAACUUCCUGCGGAAGGUGGAGCAGAUGUUCAUGUGUGUUUGUUGUCAGGAGCUGUCCUUUCAGCCCGUCACCACCGAGUGUUCACACAACGUCUGCAAGGUUUGA